GCGGGGUUUGCGGGGCGGGGAGCGGGACCCUGCGGUACCCUGUGGCGGGGGAUGAGGCGGGGCUGAAUCCCGUAUAGCGAGGACGGAGCCCUCCGGGGCUUCUCCAGGCGGGGCCCGGCGCUGCUCCGCCCCCGACGUAGCGUGACCUUCGCCGGCCGCCGUAGCGGAGCGCUGGGAGAUGGCGGCGGCGGCGGUGGCGCGCGGUGCGGUGGCGGGGAUCCUGAGGCGUUGGGUCCCCUGGGCCGCCCGCUGCUCCGCGCCGGGACGCGCUCUCUCCGGGUGCUGCGUUAGGGAAGUGCGGGCACCGGCAGCGGCUCCGCUCUGGAAAGCGGCGCUGCCCUGGGGGAAGGGUCCCGCGGGAGGAGCCGCCUCAGUCCUCGGCAGUGUCACAUCUCUGCUCCCAAACAUACUGCAGCAGCCAGUGAGGACUGUCACUUACUACAGCUUGAGGAAAGGGAAGAGGAAAACUGUGAAAGCUGUCAUUGAGAGGUUCCUCAGGCUGCACAAUGGCCUUUGGGUUAGGAGAAAGGCUGGUUAUAAGAGGAAGCUGUGGAAGAAGUCAGCUGCCCAAAAGAAGCGUUUGAGGGAGCUGGUGUUGUGCAAUAGGACACAGUGUAAACUCCUUGAUAAAAUGACCACUUCUUUCUGGAAAAGAAGAAACUGGUAUGUUGAUGAUCCCUACCAGAAGUACCACGAUCGCACUAAUCUUCGUCUGUAGAAAUCUGUUUAAUUUGUGCAUCUCUCUAGGCAGGAGGUGCUGGCACACAGAUCUGUAACAGCUUUUACUUUUCUAAAUAAACACAGAUUCCAUAUGCCUUUGAUCAUCUGAUCAGAACUAUCAGUGCCCCAAAUAAAGGAAUAUUCAAGAUUA